AUGUCCAUUGCCGGCAUGAAUAUGCUCUACAAAAGCCUGGGAGGAAAUAAAUACUCGUUAGAGGACCAAGAAGUUAUUCGCCAAAAAAUUGCUCUGGCUCCAAAAUUAUCGGAAGAAGAAAGAAAAGAAAAAGAAGAAAAAAUGAAAAAUGAAGCUUUGGAAAAAUAUAAAAUUGAAUUUAAGAAAAGAUGUGAGCGAGGCGACAAAUGGUACAAUACUUUGGAAGCAAAUGUUUCAAUUACAACAGAGCCUUGGGACAAAACAAUAAAAACUUGUGAAAAUUUGGAAAUUAAAAGAGCAGCACAAAAUGCCGCUCGGGAGGAGCGAGGGAUUCAAUUAAAUGAAUCCCUUCAAAAAAUUUCAGACAUUCAAACGCCGGCACCAAAAGAACAAAAUGUUUUCUAUUACAAUGUGCUCCACGAAUGUAAAGGAGAACUUCACAAAGAUUGCAAACCUGAUGAGCGUCUUGGAGAAAAUGCCGAGCAACGACCAAUGUUCAAUCGUCUGAUAAUCCCACCGCUGUACUGUCUCCUUCAUAUCUUUGCGUAUGAAUGGCUUACAUGA